AUGGCCUCAAAUUUCACUGAUUCUCAACUGAAAUGGAUGUUUCUCAUCGAUGAUUUGAACAUGGAUUCAAAUCUUAUUGUGUGUUCGCCGCCCUCUUUUCUAAUGGUUGCUGCAAAGAGGAUCAUAAGCUUCUUCAGCUCUGUAGCUAUACAGACACCCCACACACCGUGGACACCCCUUACCCUGCUGAAGCCGCCUACCCUGCCCACGCCGCCUACUCCGCCGACGCCGCCAACUCCGCCUACGCCGCCAACUCCGCCAACUCCGCCUACGCCGCCAACUCCGCCUACUCCGCCAACUCCGCCUACUCCGCCUACGCCGCCAACUCCGCCUACUCCUCCUACACCGCCAACGACGCCUACGCCCCACGCACCCCACGCGCCCCACGCGCCUCACGCACCCCACGCACCCCACGCACCCCACGCACCCCACGCCCCCCACGCACCCCACGCACCCCACGCACCCCACGCACCCCACGCACCCCAUGCACCCCAUACUCCGUGGAGACCCCGUACCCUGCCUAAGCCACCUACCCUGCCGACGCCGCCUACUCCGCCUACGCCUCCUACGCCCCCUACGCCGCCAACUCCCCCUACGCCGCCUACACCCCCUACGCCGCCUACACCCCCUACGCCGCCUACUCCCCCUACGCCGCCUACUCCCCCUACGCCGCCUACUCCCCCUACGCCGCCUACUAAUCUCUGUAGCUAUACAGACACCCCACACACCGUGGACACCCCUUACCCUGCUGAAGCCGCCUACCCUGCCCACGCCGCCUACUCCGCCGACGCCGCCAACUCCGCCUACGCCGCCAACUCCGCCAACUCCGCCUACGCCGCCAACUCCGCCUACUCCGCCAACUCCGCCUACUCCGCCUACGCCGCCAACUCCGCCUACUCCUCCUACACCGCCAACGACGCCUACGCCCCACGCACCCCACGCGCCCCACGCGCCUCACGCACCCCACGCACCCCACGCCCCCCACGCACCCCACGCCCCCCACGCACCCCACGCACCCCACGCACCCCACGCACCCCACGCACCCCAUGCACCCCAUACUCCGUGGAGACCCCGUACCCUGCCUAA